AUGACACAGGAUGUUCUUUGCAGAAUUCUUACUGUUGCUUGGUGUCUCUGGAAUGCAAGAUGCGACAAAGUAUUUAAGGGCUGUAACAUUACAGUGGACGGGUUAAUAACAAAAUGUGAGAAGGAAUUGGCUGAGUUUGCUUUCAGAUCAAACCAAACAACAAGAACAACAAUUCGGCAGUCGAGACACAGUCUUCAUUGGUUUCCUCCUAUUAGAGGAACUUUUAAAAUUAAUAUAGAUGGUUCAUUUAUGAAAGAAACUCUAACUGGAGGUGUAGGACUAAUGAUUCGUGAUUUUGCAGGUACUCACCAGGGAUCUAAAUGCAUCUAUCUAACUCAUGUGACGAGUCCGGAACAUGCUGAAUGUAGAGGGCUAUGGGAGGAAGUAAAUUGGGCAAAGGAAAAGAAGUUGCACAUCGUUCAGUUUGAAAUGGACUCAAAAAUAGUAGUGGCGGCAAUGAGCAAGGAUAAUUUUACCAUUGAUUGGAGGAUUCAUAACUUGAUAUUAGAUAUUAAAAAGUUUUUCUUUAGUUCUGUCUCUUGGCAAAUUAACUAUGUGUCUAAAGAGCAAAAUAAGAUAGCAGAUAUUCUUUCAAAAGUUGCUAGAACUGAGAGAUUAACUAGUGUUUGGUUAAUUGAUCCAUCUAGUCUCAUUCAACAUCAAUUGCAGGUGGACAAAUCUUUUGUAAACACUUUCUCUUAA